AUGGAGAGUGCUGUCUUCCACAGAAACUCUUCAUCAUCUAACAGCUCAGCCAACACGGAGCUCUUGUCCCGGACUGGUUACACAAUUCUGGCCGUUAUCAUGGGUGUGUUCUCUGUGGCAGGGAUCAUCCUCAAUGUCGUGGUGAUUGUGGUGACGGUGAAGCACAGACAGCUGAGGCAGCCACUCAGCUAUGCCCUGGUUAACCUAGCUGUUUGUGACCUGGGCUGUGCUGUGUUUGGAGGCCUGCCCACCACAGUAACCAGUGCCAUGGGAUACUUCAACCUGGGACGUGUGGGCUGUGUGUUAGAAGCCUUUGCUGUUUCCUUUUUCGGUAUAGCAAGUCUGUGCACAGUAGCAGUCAUUUCUGUUGAACGCUACGUAGUGGUGUGUUAUCCUAUGGGUGCGGUCCUCUUCCAGACCAGGCAUGCAGUUGCUGGAGUGGUACUGUCCUGGGUGUGGUCAUUUGUGUGGAGCACUCCACCUCUGUUCGGGUGGGGAACUUUUGAGUUGGAGGGUGUCAAAACCUCCUGUGCUCCUAAAUGGCAUAGCCGUGAUGUUGGGGACAUGUCCUACAUGAUAAUAUUCUUCUUCCUUUGCUUUGCCUUGCCCUUUUCUGUCGUCAUGGUGUCUUACUCGCGGCUUUUAUGGACUCUCCGCCAGGUGACCAAGCUGCAGGUAUCUGAAACAGGAAGCACAAGUCGUGUAGAGGUGCAGGUGGCGCGCAUGGUAGUAGUGAUGGUGCUGGCCUUCCUCGUCACCUGGCUGCCAUAUGCCGCACUUGCACUUGCUGUCAUGAUAGACUCCAGUCUAUAUGUCGACCCUGUCAUCGCUACCAUUCCUGUGUACUUUGCAAAAAGCAGCACUGUCUACAACCCCAUCAUAUACAUUUUCAUGAACAGACAGUUUCGAGGCUACACUGUUGCUGCGGUUCUGUGUGGAUGGAACCCCUGGUCCUCCGAGCCGCAAACAUCUGAGAACGAGACCACUGCUGCGUCUCUCACCAAGACCCCCAAGAAAAUUGUGCCUAAAAAAUCUUUGGAAUAG